AUGCCGAUCACCACGCCUUCUGCCUCCCCGCCCGCCGCCGGUGCUCCGCGUGGCGGCGAGGCCUCCGGCGCGGUCGUCCCCGCAGAGCCCCACCUCUGCGGCGUCUGUGGUCGGCGAUUCUACAACCGCACCAAGCUCAUCGACCACUUCACGCAGAUCCACGAGCGCGAGCACGCAAAGUGGCUGGUCCAGCUCGACUCCGCCAAGGGCAGCCGGCGGGUCCGGCUGGCCGCCAAGCUGACGGUGAAAAUGGAGAAAUUUCAGCGCGCCGCGCGGAGGUGCUCGUUCCCAAGAUGAAGCUCGGGGCGGCGGCCUUACGGAGGAGCUGCGGCGCGCGGGGUGUGCGUCCGGCGGAUGCCAGACCGAGAGGAGGCAGCCAACAGAGGAGCUCUUACGGCUAACAUGCUGGCAGCUAUGGAGCAGCGGGCGGCGCUGGGGUGCCUGGUGCUGGUGUCGGACGACUCUGGGAUCGCCGGAGUCCUGACGGAGGCGAGGACGAGGGCCUGAAGACGGUCGUGGUGGGGACGAGGGAGGUGAGGGCGCGCUCAAGAGGAUCGCCGACGCGGGGUUCUCGUGGCGGGAGGUGGCGUCGGGUAAGGCGGGGAAGGAGGCGGCGGCGGUGAUCGGGCGGUGGAAGGACCGGGAUCUUCUGAGCAGACUGGAGUGGACGUACAGGCCGCAAGAAGAAGAAGAAGAAGAAGAAGAAGAAGAAGAAGAAGAGAAGAAGAAGGAGGAGACCUCCCGAAACGGAUGA